AUGAGUCAAAUAGGUUAUAUUUGCAAAACAGGUCAUGAUCCAGCCCGUUCAAUAUCUGUUGGCUUGGGUCACAAUAGGUCAAAUAACAGGUUAAUGGCUCAAUGUACCAACAACACGAUCAUCCACCGAGAUGUCAAGUCAACUAACAUCUUAUUGGACGAUAAAUGGUUGGCCAAGGUAUCAGAUUUUGGAUUGUCCAAAGUAGGUCCACUUGGUGGGACAGAUAUUACUCAUGUUAGCACGGCUGUGAAAGGAAGUUUUGGGUACGUAGACCCUGAAUACUACAAGCGACAGCAAUUGACAGAAAAAUCAUAUGUGUAUUCUUUUGGGGUGGUUCUGUUUGAAGUGUUGUGCGCUAGGCCAGCAAUGAUUCCUAACUUGCCAAAAGGCCAAGUGAAUUUGGCAGAGUGGGCUUGCAGGUGCUGGAGAAAAAGGAAUCUUGAACAAAUCAUUGAUCCUAACUUGAAAGGUCAAAUUGCCCCAGAAUGUUUAAGUAAGUUUGCAGAAUUGGCAUACCGUUGCUUGAGGGAUCAAGAGGUCCAAAGGCCGUCAAUAGGUGAUGUUGUAAGGACUCUAGAAUUUGCAUUACAACUUCAAGAGGCUGCAGAUAAUAGAGGUCAUGAGUUGGAAGGGUACAUAUACCCGCCCAGCCCAUCUUUUUGCCUGAUUACUAAUGGUGAUGCCAAUAUGUCGAGCGAUGAAGAUGAGGUUUUUUUAGGUUCCGGUGAAGUUGAAAGAAAGUUGGCAAGUAGUGGCGCAUCCAUGUCAAAAAGAAUAAAGAACGUCGCCAUUUUCUCUGAGAUCGUGAAUCCCUUGGGCCGAUGA